UCGCCGCAUCGCCACAGUUUCCACAUCUCUCCCCGGACGAGGGACUCCGCAAAGCAUUGUGCGGCUACUAUUUCUUUUGCGGAGAGUGGUCUGUGGUGUCUUGUGAGCGGGCAAAACGUACCAAACUACACGUACGGACACUGGACAACUUCUCUGGAUUGGAUUUAAUUUGUAGGUUUCUUGGAGGUGAACAGAGGAUUACUACUGCUGAAGAUGCCAAAGAGGAAGAUGGAUCCCACCUGCAUGGUCUACGUGAUCCUGCUCUGCUCUCUGUCCGAGAUGUUUGCCGCAGCCAGUCCCGAGUCCAACGGUACCCAUCACCAGACGACCCAUCAUGUGUACCACCAGAUGAGUGUCACCAGGAACAAGAUCGUGACGGCCCAGUUCGAGUGCUACCAGAGGAUCCUGAAGGAUACUAGCCAGAGGAAAGCUGGUCCGGGAUGCAACAAGACGUGGGAUGGCUGGCUGUGCUGGGACGAGACGGAGGCGGGGGUCACCUCUGAGCAGCACUGCCCCGACUACUUUGUGGACUUCGACCCCAAUGAAAUGGCCGUCAAGAUCUGCACAGAAAGUGGCCAAUGGUUUCUGCAUCCAGCCAGCAACAGGACUUGGUCCAACUACACCAGAUGCAACGAACAUACCAAGGAGGGCAGAAUAACUGCCCAGAACCUGUUGUACUUGGCUUUAAUAGGACAUGGCCUGUCUUUAACUGCCCUCUUCAUUUCGCUGGGCAUAUUUUUCCAUUUCAAGAGCUUAAGUUGCCAGAGGAUCACGCUGCACAAACAUCUUUUUUUCUCCUUCGUUCUGAACUCAAUAGUCACUAUCAUUUGGUUCACCGCCGUGGUAAGCAACCAGGAGUUAGUCCAGAAAAAUCCGACCAGCUGCAAAGUGUCUCAGUUUAUCCACCUGUACCUCUUUGGCUGUAACUACUUCUGGAUGCUAUGCGAGGGAAUCUAUCUUCACACGCUCAUAGUGGUGGCUGUUUUCGCCGAAAAGCAGCACUUGAUGUGGUACUACCUGCUCGGCUGGGGUUUCCCUUUCGUGCCGGCGACCAUACACGCCAUAGCCCGUAGCUACUACUACAAUGACAACUGCUGGAUCAGUUCGAAUACAUCGCUACUAUAUAUUAUUCACGGUCCCAUUUGUGCAGCCUUACUGGUGAACCUGUUCUUCCUGCUGAACAUCGUGCGGGUGCUGAUCACCAAGCUGAAGGUGACGCACCAGGCGGAGUCCAGCCUGUACAUGAAGGCGGUGCGGGCCACCCUCAUCCUGGUGCCCCUGCUGGGCAUCCAGUACGUGCUGCUGCCCUACAAGCCCCAGGGGCGCGUGGCCUCCGAGAUCUACGACUACAUCAUGCACAUCCUCAUGAACUACCAGGGGUUGUUGGUGGCCACCAUCUUCUGCUUCUUCAAUGGCGAGGUGCAAGCGGUUCUGAGGCGGCACUGGAACCAGUACCGGAUCCAGUUCGGCAACACGAUAAGCCACUCGGACCCCAUGCGCUCCGCCUCCUACACGGCGUCCUCCAUCACGGAGGUGCAGGGCUGCUACAGCCUGGACACGCAAACGGAACACUUUAGCCUAAACGGCAAGAGCGGCAACCACGACAUAGAGACCAUUUUCAAAGCGGAGAACCCCUUCGCCUGAAGCAAGCUGUCGUUUGCCCUCUUCUCUUGUGUCACCACCACCACCACCACCACCAUCACCACACACCACUAAUUGGUCUUACCCUUACCGCCUUCUUAUCCCCACUUACUUGGACUUUUUCUUUUUUUUCUUCUGGCAUUGUCUUGCUGUACACGCACUGUGUGUGAGGACGGAGGAGAGAGGAUGGUGGAUGAGAGGAUGGAGAGGUGAAUUGGGUGAGGGGUGGAUUAAUGGGUUUUGAAGGUGAGUAAAAUAGCAAUGCUGUGUCUCAAAUCGCGCACUUGUGUCAGUGCACUAGCGUUUAGUGCAUCGUGCACACAGUGCACUCAGGUCUUCAGUGCGUAACGUCGUGGGAAAGUUUGGAUCACUACCGUUGUGCGCUUAAUGGAAGUGACGGACUAGUAUAGCAUUAGCUCGCCAAAAUAUUAUUUGGUUACUGGUUAUGUUUCACAGCUUCUCAUGCUUGUAUUUACAUUUCUUUCAACCCAAAUGUUAACUGUAUCACAUACAAUGCUUUGCUUGGCCUGAAGAGGUUGGUGUCUCAACAACACUGCUUACAGACACAAGAGAUCGUUGACUAAACUCAUCUACUGAACCAAUUGUCACGUUUCCUUCUUUACGUAAACAACAUUGCCGCCAUUUGGUGUGCAUAGUGUCCAUCGUUCAAGCAUUGCAUUUUUGAUCAAUACUAGGGCAGCAUGUGGGUAUUUUCAGUAGUGCAUUGGUACUGCCCUCACAAUUCAAUUCGAUUACAAUUCUGGAGGUAACGAUUCGAUUCGAUUUGAUUUAAUUCAAUACGAUGCAUUGCAAUGCAUCACAUUUUCUUCUGAAAGCAAAAGCAAUUUUUUUCUCAUCAGUCAUGAGGCAAAACAAGCAGUAUGAUACUGAACAACAUUUUAUUGGCUGUUUUCUGUAUCAGUCUUGCAGUUUUCAAUGCUUUGAAAUGCUUUAACUUAAAUAAAACGUUUAUUUGCUCCGGAAAUAUCCACAGAAGUAGUUGAAACUUCAAAUAAUAUGCCGCAUCUAUUAUGGCACUUGCCCAGACGAUUAUUGAAUUGUCCUGCCCCGCAUUGCGAUGCAUUGCAGAAUCGAUUAUUGUUGACACCACUCAUUUUCAGUGCACGCGCUGAAACAUAGUGCUCAAAGUUCACAAGUGCACCAUUUGAGACACGGUGUAAAUAUCACACACUGUAUUACCUGUUUGUGAACCAGGCUCUCUGUGACAGGAACUAGAGGCACUUGCUUUCUGUAUGCUAUGUACAGCCCACAGCCGCCCUUGUGAAAGAGGUGUUCAAAUUAUAAAUAUAAAGCUGCUUUUCUGACCAGAGAACACGUAGGCCUAAAUAUUCAGGCUAUUCCAAGUGGUCCUUAUCUACUAUAUUUUUGUCUCUGUUUUUAUGGGCCGUUUUCAGACAAACACAGAGGAGAUUAUUAUAUUGUAUAGAUGCAGAAGGGAUCGUAGCACUGUACGGUUUGUGAUAUGUACUGUAUGUGAGUGAACUUGUCUUGUAAAAGAAGCAGAGUUUGUACAAACACAUUCACAGAAGUGCACAUGCGUGUCUGUUCCUACACACACAUGCGCACGCACACACGCACACGCACACACACAGACACGUACACGCAAACACGCACACAAGCAUAUUCUUUAAUUUUCUGUCCCAACACACAAAAAGUUGUUUGCUGCACACAAAGAAAUAGCUGAAUCACAGAUAACAGCAGAACUCUCCCCAAAAAAGUCUUCGGUCACUCACGUUCCCCCAAAGCAUGGUGUUUUCACAUUGUAUAUUAUACAAUAUGUAGCCUACUGUAUGUUAUUUUGUGACUGCAAUCUGGUAUGUUUAUCAGAAAUCUGCAUUUAUCUUUUGUGUGUUAAUAAUCUGUUUUUUGUGGAAGUACUUUAAGUAAGUAUUAAAAAAAAAAAAAACUGCAGCCAUAAACAGUUUUUAAAACUAAAGAAAUACUGCCUAUGACAACAAAUACUUUUUACGGGUUAUAGUAUUUAUACACUUUAUACAGUUUUAUACCAUUUCUAGUAUUCAAAAUGACAGAUAUACAGUUUUUCAUUGUUGUAUCAUAAUGUGCGAUGAAUUGAGCUGCCAUACUAUGACUUCCUUAUGCAUAAUGGAUAUUUUUGCAUAAUGCACCCCUUAUUCACUCAUUCAAAUUACUGCAUAAACUCUUUCAUUCUACGCCUAAGAAAAGGUACAAAUAAUACAUAAAUUUACGUGAUAUAAAUGGAUAGCUUUGUUUCGCUGCAACACAUUGCCUUGUUUCAGGUCCAGUGUUCUCUGUCUGAAGACACUUGAUAUCUGAAAUGUAACUCACAUUGCCCUCUUAUAUCGAGCGCUGUCACAUGGCCUUAUAUGGUGGAAGUUUAAGUAUUUAAUCGCUUUACGUCAGUUAGCAUUACAAGUGCAUCUUAUUGUGUUUUUUUAUUUGUUAUUUAUGUCUCAUAUCUGUUGCGUCAUGUAUAUUUUAUUUCUUUUAACAUUUCUACCACAGCUCGGAAGGAUGGCAUAAUUUUGUAUGCUACAGAAAUACAAAUCCAUUACUUGCCAGAAUUGAUGUAAAUAAUACUGUUCCUUUUUUCUCCCCACAAAUCAUGUGAGCACGCUGUGGAUAUUGUGUAAAUACAGUACAGUAAAGCUCUUGUGCACCGGCACCUGUAAGCUCCCAUAUGCGGAGAGAGUGGCGCUUUUGACAACUCAACCAUUUACUAAAUCUGCUAUUUCCAACUUUCAUAUUCUGUUUGAUGUGGAAAGCCACCACACGUUUAGUGUAACGGUAACACUUUACUUGAAGCCGGUGUCAUACGUAUGGCAUAACAGUAUCAUAACAUUGUCAUAAUGCAGUCAUACAUGUGUCAUAAAUAUUUUAUCAAUGUCGUAAGUGAAAUUCGUGAAAUAAUGUCAACAUUUCAUGACCAUAAAACAUUUAUGACAUUGACAUUAUGUUUAUGACUCAAACUGUUUUGACACUAUUAUGACACUGUUAUGUCAUACGUAUGACGCCGGCAUCAAGUAAAGUGUAACCAGUGUAGCUAACCAACUACAUUGUAAGUGAAAUGCUGUCGUUGUGUUGCUUGUUCACAAAUCAUGAGCCAAAUACUACUGGGCAUUCUGUCUGCCUGCUGCCAUUACUGCUGCCUAUUACUUUAUUGUGAUGCUGUUUUAUGUAGUUCAAUCCCUUGCAUGCUUCCACAAUGAUAUUUGACAUGGAAGCACCUUUACUACACUGUAAAACAUUGCAAGCUAGUUAAACAUAAAAAGGCAAGUUGCCCUGCUUCCUUAAGUUUGCAAGUCAACUCAAUUUGAGGGUUUCUCAAGUUGAGUUAACUUACAAACUUAAGGCAUCAGGGCUACUUACUUUUUACAUUUAACUGGCUCCAAUGUUUUACAGUGUGCACAGUACAUCGAUUACUGCAUGGCAGUUGUAAAGAGUAUUGCCUCUUGUUUCUCGUGGCGCCAUACAGUUUGUCAAAGCGUUACUCUCCCGCGCAGUUGCAAUGCAUUCAAACCCAAGCCACUUUAUGUCACUGUUACAUGUAUGUGUUGGUCUGUUCAUUUGUAUUUCAUUGAAUGUGAGCAAUGUUGCAAAAAUGUUUGUAUAUUACUGAGUAAGUACAGAAAAAAAGAGUAGCACUGUGUACUUUCAUGAUUCUUAAU